UCUUGAUGACGCCCCGGAAAGCUGCUUGAUUUUCUGUUGCACUUAGAGUACACUCGUAGAACUAAAUCAUUCUUCUUUGGUGGCUGGUUCGGCAAUGGUGUAGGAGCCUCUGCUGUUCUUAGAGCUACAGCUGAACUCCUGAAAUCCGGAAGAAGUGAUCCUGACACGAGGGAGCAAUUCGGAAAAAUUAUCCAUGUAGAUUGCUCUCUAUGGAAAAAUAGAAGAGCUAUGCAGAGGGCAAUCGUGGAGGAGUUAAACCUUGGCCAUUUAAUGCCCAUCAAUGAUCUGUUUAAACUGGCCAGCAACCUCCGCGUGCUAAAACUCUGCAGGUGCAACUUUGAUUUUGCAUCCCCUCCUUUCCGAUGCUGCCACAGCCUAAUAUUCCUUUGGCUUGAUCAUUGCACAAACUCAGGGAAGGAGCAAGGAGGAGGGCUAUGUUUACUGAACCUAUUGGUUCUUGACAUACGCUUCACAGAUUUUGUCUUGUUGGCAGAAAUGAUAGAGAUGAUGACCAAUCUCAUGGAGGUAAAUACCAAGGGUGUCUCAUGGAGGACCAUAAUUAAGUCAUGCAUGGAGAAAGCUGCAGAAUCUUCACAAGCUUCGCGUAACCUAAUCCUCAGACGUGAUCACAGUGGACACUUGUUGUUCCGUUGAUAUGAUGAAUCUGGAACUCCUUGACUUGUCGGGUAACAUUCAUAUGGAAUCCCUGCCUGCAAUGUCAUCAGCAGGAAAUUUGAAGAUGCUUGUUCUUGAUGGUUGUUCCAGCUUGGAGCAUGUUGCACUCGAAGGAGCCCCUCCACUGCUCGAGAGUUUUAGCUUCGAUGGUUAUGGCCCAGCAGAGAAGUGGACACAUCCUAUACAGCUACCAAAAGAGAAACUACGGCCCAAGUCUCGCACUGCUUUAGUUCAAGAAGCCCGGGUGAGAAGGAUCUCGCUAAAGGGCUGUGCUCGAUUGCACAUGUUCUUGCAUGCAUUGCCCAAUCUUGAGGAGAUGGACCUCUCUGGCACAGCCGUUAAAUCACUUGACCUCAGUGCAAUGGAUAUCCCGCAGCUCAAGAAGAUAUUCCUUGUGGGCUGUGAGCAACUCCGUAGCCUAACCUGGACUAAAAGAAACCGUUCAUUGGGAGUUCUGCAUGUAGACACUCGGGGGAAGAUUGCAUCAGCUAUUUACUCUGGAGAACAGAUGUUCUCUGCCUAUGAGGUAGUUAUGGCUUUUCCAGAUGGAAGGUUCAUUUGGUCCACCAUAAAUGGACUCUAUCGGAUUAUUCCGAGUAACACCAAAGUGUACCUCCAUAUCUCUUCUACACACCAAAGCCAAGUAAAUGUCACCAGAGGGAUCAAGGAGAUUGGGCCUAGCUCAGAGGGUUUGGUUGCAACGGGGACCUUCUUACCAUGCAACGAUAUUGUCCUUAACAGGGAUAUUGUAACUUGCUCGGCCUUGUUGUGGGACCACCGACAACUUUAUCCUUUGGGUGUUCAUAUCGAGAUAGGUGAAGGAAGCCACCAUUUAGACAGUAUGAAUGACAACGAAGCUUUCAGAGGUUUCAUGGAGUAUAAAGUUGAAUCAUUGCAUGUGCAUGACAAUAUCUCAGUCACAACCAUCCUUUCAGCGGCAGGCAAAUAUUGGGCCCAUCUAGAAUGGAGUCAUAUUGAGAGGUGCCCCAAGCUGCACACUGCGUUCCCUAAAUGGGGUGGGUAUAGUAGCUUUAGUUCAAUAAAGAUAUUUUCUGCAUCUGAUCUCGCAGUGGCCUAUUGCAUCUGGGGUACAUGCAGUGAGUAUCACUGGCAUCAGUUUGUAGUGCUACAACACAUAUACCUGCACAACUGUCCUAGGCUGGAGACGUCCUUCCCAUUUCCUUCACAUUGCCAAACUUGGAGACCAUUCAGAUUGCAUAUUGUGGUAACCUCCAACAUAUUUUCCCACUGAACGACAAGUGCCCUCAAGAUAUAGCAUCUGGUGUCACAUUCAGUAAGCUAAAGCACAUCAAGCUAUACCAUCUGCACAAGCUCAAGCAGAUAUGCAAGGCCAGGUUGACCGCACCUGCGUUGGAGACGAUCAGCCUCAGGGACUGCUGGGCUCUAAGACGCCUACCGGCCGUGUCACGCCAAGGUCCCAAGCCACUGGUGGACUGCGAGAAGGACUGGUGGGACAGGCUCGAGUGGGACCGCUCUGAGGGCAACCAUGAGCCGGCGUUCUUCGAGACACGCCACUCGGCUUACUACAAGGUGACCCUCCCGAGGGUAUCCGUUCUGAGUAAUCUGGACGCAAAGGACGUCGGCCUGCAUGGACCAUCCAUCAGUCUAUUAAAUUGGAGUUACAAUUAAGUUGUGACCUCAUUCGCAACUCUCUGAAAGUGUGUUUUGCAACAAGAACAAAAAUCCUCUCAAGUGUGUUUCACAUUGGCGGUGCGUUUGUUACAAGCUCCAUCUGCGGCGCGCUUUCUUCAGCCAAGCUAUGCCUGAUGUGGGUAUCUUAUGGAUUGGUGUGUCAACCAAGCAAGCAGCACUGGGUUGCUUGCUUGCUUGGUUUGUCCAGCUCCAGCUAGAUGUGGUGUUCACGAUCAAGCUGGCUGGCUGGCUGGCCUCUGUUGGUUUGUAAUAAAAGGGUUGUUUGUGCCUGUCGUGUGCAUCAACCAUACAACCUAGCGUGUGUGUGUGUGUGUGUGUGUGGUUGAUGGACCACAAACUGAGCUUUGUGUUUGGUCGAUUCGACAAGGACUUUACCUAUUACUGU